AGAUGUGAUUAAGGGCUUUACAGUAAUGUGGGGUGUACAAUCAAUAUUUUUUGUAAUACCCUCCUUUAACUUCAGUUUACGCCCCCAGUCAGGAAAGGAAAGAAAACAAAAGAUUCUCAAAGCACUAUACCUUACACCCUGAGAGUUUCAGGGUGCAAAGAAGAACCCACCCACCAGGAUGAGGAAAAGGAGCUGACUGCGUGGUGCGACCUGGAUCUGAACCCCUCCAAAACCAAAGAGAUUAUCUUUGAUUUUGGCCGUAAUAGAGAAAUUGGGUGGAGAGGCACAACAAAGAUUUUCUUAGUGCUGCAAGACAAACAUCUUUCCUCUUGUCUUACUGUUCCUGCAGACAUUUUGAGCUGUGUAAGAGCUCAGUUGGCAUUUCUUUCAAAAUCUUGCGUUUGGUCGUUGUUUCCCCUCUGGAAUCCCGUCUCAGUUAAGUUUGGUGGCUAUGGGAGGCUCUGUAUGCCGUGCUCUGUGGUCCGGUUUUGAUGUCUGCUCAACAAUCGAUGCUAUCCAUUCGAAUAGUAAUGUCUAUCAGCGGAGAAACCCAAAUAAUACGUCAUAUUUGUGCGACGCCGGGGUCACUGAGGGAGACAUUCGUAGAGUUGAUUCGAGAAAGAAUACCGUACUACAUAGAUAUUGUGGUUUUCGUUUCAUUCGAGUUUUCGUUUAAAAAACAUCAUCAUGUCUACGGCGAUGAAUUUUGGCACAAAGAGUUUUAGACCUCGCGCCCCCGAUAAGGGCUCGUUCCCUCUGGAUCAUUUUGGGGAGUGCAAAGCCUUCAAAGAGGUUUUCAUGAAGUGCCUGCGGGAGAGCAGCUACGACAACUCCAAGUGCCGACUGCAGUCCAAAGACUACCUGGAGUGCAGGAUGAACAAUCAGCUCAUGGCCAAAGAGCCUCUGGAGAAACUGGGAUUUAAAGACUUGAUGGAGCCUCCUCCCAGCCAAGAAAACGCAGAUGCCAAACACUGAUGUGCAGCGCCCCAGAAUCUGGCGUUGAAAGGAAAUGGCCUCACAAGAACAUUCUAAAGGAAAGAGACUGCCGUGAGUGCAAAACGAGAAAAGGGACGGUUUCAAGGGUUGAGUGUGAACGCAGCUGGAGGAUAUUAUUUACGGCUGUCGCUUGAAUGAGGCUACAGGAGGCUAAAGAAAGCGAAAAUGUCUAAUAUAUUAAGAUGAUUUAUAAAUAUAUAUCUGUAUAUAUCAUAUACAGAUGCUUGUUUGAAUGACAAUAAAUCUUUUCUAUUUAAACUACUGUGUUGCUGUGUUUAAUAAAUUUAGCUUCAAUAAAUGGGAUCUAUUGGAGGCAAAUUUGCAACAAAGGGUUAUCUCAACAUAUUUCAACAGGUUUAAAGUUACAGCAAUCCAAAUAGAAUUUGGUCCAGAUUAUGGUUAAUGUUUUGGGAGGGAAUUUCCACCCCAGAUUUAAAGGUGAGAAAAUGGCUCCAAGUCUUUAAACUAAUGAUAAUAUCCUUUAAUAAAUCAUGCUAUAUACAAAGAAACUAGGAUGAC